AUGGACGGGUCGGGCCUCGGGUCAAGCGGGGGGCGGGCGGCGAGGAGGCGAGAGACGCCUGGAAACUCGACUGCCAUUCGAUCAGAGUCUUUCCAGUACGGUCAGCCGGCGGGACCGUCUGAAUCUGAACUGGUUCAAAGCCAGCUCGUUCCUGCCAUCCAAACGCUUCCGAUUUAUACUCGACUGCUGUGAGCCAAUCGGGCUUCAAGAGGUGGGCGGAGAGGCGACGGAGCAGAUGCUCAGGGAGGGUCGCCUGCGCGUCCAGAGCGUUUGUCUGCCUUUGGCGCUGCCGCCGCUUCGACUCUGACUGCCGCCGCUCGCAAACUUCAAGUAUAGCAUGUUCUGCGGCAGCAGAGGCAAAGGGGUGAACUCCAAUCCCCUGUCCACACACCCGGUCUCUUCUGGCCCCUGCCAUGACUCACUGGUCGCAGCACCUUCAGGAACAGAGUGACUGGUGCAAAGCUAUCUACAUGUAUAAAGUGUGGCAAGGAGCACUGGAAGACGGCUAAAACACAGUCAUGUCUUCAGUUUGGCAUCCAAUUCCAGCUCCAGAUAGAGUUCUUAAGGUGAACUACAAGAAACUGGUCUGCCUCUUGAUCUUCACUGUAAGUGUAUGUUAUAGUGUCUCUGGGAUGUGUCCUACAGCCUGCAUCUGUGCUAGUGACAUUGUGAGCUGUACCAGCCAGAACCUUUCGAGGGUGCCAUCAACGCUCUUCAAGCACAUAAAAAGACUGGAUCUCAGUCACAACCGAAUUGGUAUUUUGGAUCAUGACUGGAUGCCCUUACUACUUGACAAAUUGAGCACCCUAAUUGUCAGUCAUAAUAGUAUUACAAGCAUUUCCGCUGGGAGCUUUUCUGUAACUCCAAACAUCAAGUACCUAGACUUGUCCUCCAACAACUUGAGGUCACUGGGAAGUCCUGUUUUUCAGGAACUGAGAGUGCUGGAAGUUCUCCUGCUUUAUAACAAUCAUAUUGCUCAAAUUGAUUCAGCAGCCUUUGGAGGAAUACACAAACUGCAGAAGCUAUACUUGAGUUACAAUUCUCUCUCGCGCUUCCCAAUAGAAUUGUAUAUUGGCAAACAUAAGCUCUCAGAACUUAUGCUCUUAGAUAUUUCUUACAACCAUAUCCAGUCAAUACCCAUUAACUACAUAAGCUUAGUACCAGCCAGACGUCUUAGUGGAAUUUAUCUUCAUGGGAAUCCAUUUUAUUGUGACUGUACUCUGUACUCAAUGCUAAACUUCUGGUAUCUUAGACACUUCAGCUCAGUGGAGGAUUUCAAGACAGAGUACACGUGUGUAUUGCGGUCAGGACCCAAAGGCUCCAGUAAACUCUCUUUAUUGCAAGACAACUACUUGAAUUGCUCAGAAGGCACCAUUAAUGGCUCUUUCCAUGCCUUUGGGUUUAUUCAUGAAGCCCCACUUGGAGAGCGGCUGAUUGUGCACUGUGACACUAAAAUAAGUGAUGUAGGCACUUACUUCAUUUGGAUCACCCCAGACAAUCAAUUUCUGGAGCCUGACAAGACAACUGAACACUUUAGAGUGUUUCACAAUGGGAGUCUGGAAAUAGAAGAGGCUCAGUAUGAAGAUGCUGGGCUUUACUCCUGCACUGCAAUAAACAAGAAAAGACUACUGAAUGAAACCAUAGAGGUGAGGAUAAAUGUCAGCAACUUCACUGUGGACAGGUCUCCCCUUCAUGAGACAUUCAACACUGCUUUCACCACCCUUGCAGCAUGUGUAGCCAGUAUUAUCUUGGUACUACUUUAUCUCUACCUGACUCCAUGUCCUUGUCGAUGCAAAUCAAGGAGAAGGAAAAGGAAGCUGAACCAAAGUAGUGCUCACGCAUCCAUAUUAACCUCCAAUUCACCCCUAGAACUUCCAGCUGAUGAGAAGAAAGCCAGUACUGGUAAAAGGGUCGUGUUCCUUGAGCCUGUGAAGGAGCCAAAGCCAGGCCAGAAUGGAAAAGUAAGGAUGUUUCCCAAUGAGAACAUCAUUGCUGAAAGCAUCUUAAAAGCACCCCGAACAAAAUCUGAUUCUGAUUCCAUGAACUCUGUUUUCUCAGACACACCUUUCAUGCCAUAAUUGUCUUAGAGGUCUGGGAGGGGUUUGGAGUUGUUUUUGUUUUGUUUUUUUGUUUUUGCUUCUGUUCUGAUAGUACAAUUAACAGUUUCAAAUGACUGCCCUAACUUUAGCCUGAUUUUUUUUAAAAGAAGAGAGACUUUUUUCUUUUACAGAAGAAGUGUGAGAAGUGAUAGAACCAGAAUAUAAUGUCAUUCUCUGAGCACGCUAUUGCUGUGUAACUGGGACUAAAGCUGGGGAGGAACACCUUGUUACAUGUUUUUGCUGUUGUAAAGAGGUUACAUUAUGGUAUAUGCUGCCAUCAUUUUAAUUUUUAUGCUUGAAAGAAUUUGGUCUGAUGGAGAUGGUUAUGUGCUGCUCAGGAAACAUCAGAUUAGGCCUUUAGCUUCUUACCUAUAUAGAAUGAGUGUAACUAUGAUGUCAGGGAACAGAACCUCAAUCAAGACACCUCUGAGAGCUUAAAAAAGAGGGGGAGAAAGCCAUUUAUUGAACUUCUGGUUUCUACCUUGAGGCUCUAAGCACAUAAAGAAACAAAUGGAGUUAUACAAACUGGAAUGUUUCAAAAUGAGAUUCCACUUAAAUUGUGGGAAAGUGUUUGAUGAUUCCCCCCCCCCCCGCGCUUUUGUAUCCUGGAAUUUUAAUAGCCAGAAACAGACUGUAUGAAUAUAUUGAUAUAAUUAAACUUGAUAUAAGAAAAUUUA